AUGAAUAUUAUAAGACUUCAUUAUUAAAGACAUAAACUGAUAAUAUAAGUUUAAAAUGUAUUAGAAACAGAAAUAAAUUUAAAACUAAUUGCUUUUCAUCUUACUAGAAACCCUUAUAUUAUAAUUUUGAUCUUUUGUAUUGUUCAUAAUAUCAAAUUUUAAUUAUCAUUGGAGUAUCAAAUUAAAAGAAUAUUCAUUAAUUAAUUAUGGGACUUCCAACCAGAAUCAAAUUUGAUAUUGAAGAAGAAGUUUAAUAUUAAUAUUUUAAUAUUUAAUAAGAUGAUGAUUCAUAUAAUUAAACUUUAUAAAUUAUCUACAACAAAUAUUAAUUUAAAGAAUAUGUAUACUUUAAAUUUAUUAAGAUUUAAUGUAUAUCUAUAAUUUGGAUCUUCAUAAUUUAUGCAAUAUAAGUAAAGAUUGUAAAUAAGGAAAUAGUUGUUUAAAAAUAGUUAUUAGCGAACUAAGUUGAUAACGAACAUAUAAUUCAUUUGA